GUCCAUAGUCGUAUCUGGCAUUCACCGCCGUACUAUCUGUGCGCAGCUCCGGCGCGCGAGUAUAUUAACUAACAGCAGAGCGCUGCGCGAGCGCUGGAAAUUCCUCCGCUGCACUGACAGACUGUGAUGUGCUCGCGCUCGGGACAGGGGGACCGGCACGCGCCACAGCGCCUUGGCUUCUGCACGCAGGAUAUAGGAACAUAAGGCUACUUAGUGCUCGUUUUUUUUUGUUGGAUGAGUGGCAGAAACUCAGUGCCUUCUGAAAACAUUGGGUAAUUUCCAGUCAUCUGCCAUGUUUGAGGGGUCGGAGUCCGCGGACACACAGGAAGUCAAAUCUGACAGCACCCUUGGGUCCUCUGUCUCCGCCUGUAAGAAGGUUUUGUGCAGUAACAGUGUUCUGGAUUCGUCGGAGUACUGGCUGAAGAACGAUAAGGCGCUCUGCAGAAUUGGAUUCCUGGAGGACCAGCAUGAUGGCGGCUGCCCGACAAUCUGCUUUGUAAACUUGGACAGACAUACCCCUGAUCGACAUGAUGACAGCUACAUCAAGAAACUGGCCUCAGUGUGCCCAGAGCUGCCACGGUUAAUUGAGUCUCUCGGAGUGCGGCAACCCAAAGAAAAUGAGAUUCUGCUUCUCAGCAGCCUAGAGUCACCGGACUCCUGCCAGCAUGACCCAAGCCACCCACAGAGCCAGAGAACAGCGGAUGUCUGUCUGGUGCAUUGUUCCUGUGGGCGCCGCCCUACCCAAACGAACAAUGUCGUUUUUGAGAUCAACAAAUUCCUGAUUGGACUACAGUCUGGGCAAGAGAGGCAGAGACAUGGCCGAUUGGCUGGUCAGAGGGCUGCCGAAGAUGACACCAACCGCUCUGUUUCAUCCAUAGAAGAAGACUUUCUCACUGCCUCUGAGCAGCUUGGGGAAGACAGUGAAGAUGACCCAUUCAGAAAUGAUCCUGAGAUUUCUAUCAUGCCUGAGUCGGUUAAGGUGUUAAGAACAGCCCACGCUCAAAGAAGGAGUGAAAUAGAGAGAGAGGAUAGUGAGGACUCUGAGACCCUCUGUACCUCUUCCAACUCCCAAAAGCUUUCAAGAACAUAUUCCUGCCCUUCAAGAGGACCACACGCCACCCCCAGAAAACAAGUCAAUCGUCACACCAAGGAGUCUGCUGGUCACUAUGCCACCAAUCUGGCUGAAUCAGUCCUGCAAGAUGCUUUUAUUCGUUUGUCACAAGAUGAGCCUUCUUUUGUAACGGAGGCAGCUGUGAGUGUGUCCAACACCUCGCAGCACUCAAGUGAUGUAAGCCAUUCCACUGAAGAGCCACCGAGGGCUCGAGCCUGCUCUUUUGAACUUCCUAAAAUCGUGAUCGUCCAGAGUCCUGACAACAGUGAGGAGGUAACAGAGUGGCCGGAAGCACAGUCACAUGGGACAACUGAUCAUGACAGUGCAAAUAGGGCCAGAACGAAGCAUGGUCAUCACCCCCAGCACAACUCGCCGAUUGGACACUCCACUAAGCCAGUGGAAAUAGCUUUGGCAUGUGCUGCAAGUGUCAUCGGUACCAUUACCGCCCCUCAAGUUGCAGAAAAACUAACACUGGAGUCAGGAGAAGAAGAUGAGUGUGAGGAUGACGAAGAAGACGAAGGGAGUGAAACCGAACAAGGGGAUUAUUCAUUUUCCUCUGCAGUAUGUGGAAUGUCUCAGGUCGCUGGAGCCGUAGCCGCGGUAGAUCUAGCAGAUGACUCUGGGGAUAAUGAAGACUUGACAGACAUGUAUUCUGCCUCUAUGGGACUUCUGUCAGUUGCCCAAGCUUCAACUGCAAUACCUCUCCACUGUAGCAUUGCAGAGGGCACCAGCGUCGAGGCUUUCAGAGCCAAUGUGGCUGAAGUUCUCCUCAGGGAAGCUUCAGCUGUACUCACCCACAGACAAAGUUAUUCAAGCGUUGCAAAUUUCCUUGAGACCACACAUAACAAGAUAGUGAAUGGCAUCACAAAUCCAAGAAGGCCCUAUCAGGAACAACAGGAUGUGGAUAACUUUACCCAGGAAAUAUCAGACAGUAUCUUUCAGAAUGCCCUUGAGAAGGCUGAGAAGAGAAAAGAGCUUGAGGGUCCUGGAAAAGAUGCCCCAAACAUUGAGGGUUUCCUCUUGGACUGUGUGAAUAAUUUGCUUUUUGAUGUCCUAUGUGUAACAUCAAGGAAAAUCAGUGAAAUGUCAAAAUGUAAUAUGGGAUCAUUUGACGGGCAAGAAGGCAGUGUCAGCUUUAGGGAGUAUGAGGCUGAUACCAAGUCAGGCAGGGAAGCAUUGAGCCAGUUACAGCGUUUGAUCGAGCCAAUGCAGGCUUAUAAUCAUGACGAGAGGCGAAGAAGUGUGGAGAAGUUGUCUGCUCUCAUAGGGAAAAGAGAGAGAGAGCAAAAGCACAUACAGGAGGAGAGAGAAAAGGAGCCCAAACUGAAAGAACCCUACAGACUUACUCUGAACAGAGUGACUGCCACAUUGGUCAAAGAACAGUCUGACUUGCAAGGGCAGCUGAGCAAAAGUGACAAGACCGCAGACUCUCCAUUCCCUUCAGCUGAAAGCUCACCACUUCACAUGGCACGAGGGAGGGCAGGAGGGGAGAGCGAGAGCAGACAGCAGUCUGUAUCAUCCUCUUCAGGAGCACUUGUGGCACUUAAAAUGGAUUCGGGCGAGUCCAAAACCCCUGUCACAUGCUUUGCAGAAGACUUGGCGACCACAGUGGUAUCUAUGGCUACAGAGCUGGCAGCGAUAUGCCUGGAGAACUCGAGCGGAAAACAGCCAUGGUUCUGCGCCUUAAAGGGUGGUUCAGAAGGUCCAGAGGGGCUGCUUCUGCCCUGCCGCACAGCUGCAGCACUCCGCCGAAAGGAGACACAAAAUGGCACCGCAGUCAUCAAGAAACACAGACCUCCACGUCUCAGUGAAAUCAAACGUAAGACCGAAGAACAGCCUGAACUCAUGGAACGUCUGGUCAACCGCGUUGUGGAUGAAACUGUCAAUCUAGAUGAACCCACAACUUCUGAUCCAUUUGCACUCUUUGCGUCAGAGGUCACAGCCAGGAUAAUGAACUGCCCAGAAUUAAAUGUGGUGGACACUUCCAAAUCUGGCCAGGCAUCGCGCAGUCGCCUACAGUGUGAGAAAUGGAGCAGCAGGGGGAAAGCAUCAAGCUAUGAGAGCAUUCCAGAGGAGGACUCAGAUCCCUCCGGAACGCUAAACACUUUGGGGCCAGGAAACAGGCUUGGGCAUAAUUUGAGCAGAGGUAGCUCUAUCUCCAAGCAGUCCAGCUGUGAGAGCAUUACGGAUGAGUUCUCUCGGUUCAUGGUGAACCAGAUGGAGACAGAGGGUCGAGGGUUUGACCUUCUGCUGGACUACUAUGCUGGGAAAAAUGCCAGCAGCAUCCUUGCUGCAGCUGUUCAACAAGCUGCCAGUAAAAAAAACGGACACCUCAAUGUGCGGACAUCAUCUUGUCUCUCUAAGCAGUCCAGCACUGAGAGCAUCACGGAAGAAUUUUAUCGCUUCAUGCUGAAAGACAUGGAUAAGGAGAAUAAGGAUUACAGUCUGACCAAGACCAAAGAGUGGAGUAAUAGCCUAUUACCCCCAUCACCAAGAACUCCGUUUUGUUUCCGUCAGUCUUCUGUUCCUGACAGACGAUCCUCAGAUUCCAGACUAACUGUAAACUCACCCAUCAAGGCUAAUUCAUUCGAUGGUUUUGCUCGAAAUGUACAUGGGGACUCGCUCAACAUCUAUCCAACCAACUCUGUGUCAUCAACGGGACUCUGCAAGUCUGAUUCUUGCUUGUAUAAACGUGGCCAAACAGACCAAAUCACAGACAUGCUGAUUCAUGAAACCUGGGCCAGCUCUAUUGAGUCUCUAAUGCGCAAGAAUAAGAUAAUUGCGGAGCCCUCAGAGGACAGUGUGGAACUGGAUUCUGCCGACUCACAGCCACAUGUACAGCUCUUUGCUAAUCGUCUAGCGGCAGACAUUGUAGAGAGUGGCAAAUCCUUGCUUGGAGGCCAACAGGACGUCAUUGUGGCUGCUUCACAAGCUACAGUUGGAGAAAGAAGAUAUGGCUUUAAACAUUCUCGUCGUGAAAAUAGUGGAAACCGGCCAAGUGUGGAACAUCAGGAAAAUAGCAGUAGCUCCCACAGUUCCUCCUGUGUGAGGCAAGCAUGGCGUGGACAGAGGGAGGUACCCUUGAUUCACAUUGAACCAGAUCAAAGAGAAGAGGCCUCAGAAGACAAGGGGAGGGUUGGGCCCCACCACAAGGAAGCAUCCUAUCAGAUCCAGCCGCAAAGUGGUAGAGAGAGUGAGACAGCAACCAAAAGCAGUGACAAAGACAGGGCCUCUGCAGGUGUGGAGGUGGAGCGACGCUCUUUCAGCGCUAGCAGUGAGGAAAGUGGCUCAGGCAGCUGGGCCCAGAUUGCCCCUGAAGACGACCCCCAGGAGGAGACCACCAGUAGCUUUAUCCAGCUAAGCGAGGGAAACGGAAACAGCAGCGCUUCUAGUCUGGGAUUGGCAGACCUGGAGGGCUUUCUAGACUUCUCCAUCUCCAGCAACCUAAUCAGUGAGGAGAGAGAGAGGAAGGCUUCGCACUGUCAGGACCAGGCGGAUGAAGUCACAUCGGGUUUGUCCACAGCCGGCAGCAGCUGUCAAAGGGAGCUUCUGGUGCUGAACUUUGACCUGGAACCAGAGUGUGUGGAUGGAGAACUAAGAGCAGCGCUCCAGUGGAUUGCUGCGUCUGAGCUCGGCGUGCCGGCUCUCUACUUCAGAAAGAACCCGGAGCACAAUCUCGCUAAGGUGAGGGCAAAGUUCCACAGAGUGGUGCAGUUGGCAGGUCAGAAGGCUUGGCGUGUUGGUGACUUGUUCAGCGCUGUGGCUCAGUUCUGUCAGCUCCACCAGGACCUGGAGCAGAGAGGACGGCCAGUGCCCAGCCUGUUUGACUGGAUACUGAAGACCAAGCGCUAGAGCGCCACCCAUCUACAGACCCGGAGCUGGAGACGCCACAUAUCCGUCCUGUGCUAGCACGUAUAUAGUCUGGAGCCAGUGUGAAAACACCAACAAACAUCCCAUCAUCACAACCACAACUUUCUCAACUGUAAACAUAAGCCUCAUAGAUCCAACAGACCAAUCCACAACCACCGGCAUGACUGUACAUCAGCACGUUUUUCUAGAGCUCAGCUGUGAAACUCUGUUUAUCAAAAGUUAGCAAGGUUUACAAAGAUGCCCACACGCAUUCAUGGCUCUCAAUCCCACAAUCCUUAGCAUGAGGCUUCCUUAGUACCGAACGUGCCAUCUCUAAUCACCAGCACAUCCCACAUUUGAUAUCUUCAUUAAGAUUCACAGCUUACAACCAACACAAACUACAAACUUUUAUUCCGAUACCUCCAUCACUGUCACACUUGUAUAUGUCCUUGCUAGGUAACAGGAAUUAUGGGAUAAACUGUAGGAAAAAAUGCCUUGUCCAUAAACAUGUGCUAUAGAUGCACAUUCGCAUAUCGCAUAGAUUGUGAUUUGACGAAUUUUCCCUUUAAAUUAAGCAUGUUCCUGUCUUUACGCGUACGCAAACUUAGAUCCACCAGUUACCGGCCAACGUAGAGGAACAUGGUUUAAACCAACCGAUCAGCCUUGACGUUUUGUAGCUUGCGGAUUUUUACUGUACAACAAACCGUUUCAAAUGCACAACGUGACUUUUUAUCAAGAAUAAUGGACGUGCGAGCUCUGGGGUAGGGAUUUAAAGAUAUUUUAAUGGUUGUAUUUAAAGUGAAAUAUAGUGAGAUCCCAUUCCAACCACACUUGUUGUUUUAAGUUUACAUUGGCGAACACGUUCAGUCAUUUUAUUGUACCUCUGAGACUGAAUUCUAUGUUUAGUAUUUGUGUUAUUUAAGAGAUUUUAUUUUGGCUAGAUGUAAAUAGUCUAGAUUGUGAGCUAUUGUACCUUUGGGCUGCAAAUGGAAAUAUAAGUUUUCGGUUUUACGAUUGCAAAGACACGCGGACAGACAGGAUUACAGCACCAAAAGUCUCAGCAGACUACUGUAAACGUUUGAAUAUAAAAGUAUGAACAUAAAAGAGUAUAUUUAAAGUACAAGUACAGUUUUGUCACGUAAAAGUUGACGUGUAAAUGUGAAAUCUGGUGGCAUUAUGGUUUUCUCCGCAUAGUAACAUAAUAGUAAUGUGUUUUAAUAUCAGCGUUGAAGGCACACAACUGUAUCCAGUCUGUCACGGUAUACCUGAAUGUAUUUAUCUUUUCAAAAUAAAAUUUGCGUACAGUGA